UUUCCAAUGUUAUUGAGUUAGCAGAGUCACAUGCAUGCACUUCAUGGCCAACCCAAGACCCUAAUGGCGUGUCCUCUUUUUCUUCGUUCUCUCUGGUCUUCCACCAGAAAAUCAUUUGCCACUUCAUCACCCUCUCGUUACUUCUCCCGCGCCGCUACCGCCGCCGCCUCCUCUUCCGAUCCCACCGGAUCCCUCGACCCUGCCCGCCUUCGCAACGUCGCCGUCAUAGCUCAUGUCGACCACGGUAAGACAACUCUCAUGGACCGUCUGCUCCGCCAGUGCGGCGCUGAUAUCCCGCACGAGCGCGCCAUGGACUCCAUUUCUCUCGAACGCGAGCGCGGCAUCACUAUCUCUUCCAAGGUUACUUCUAUUGCAUGGAAAGAAAAUGAACUCAACAUGGUGGAUACUCCUGGACAUGCUGAUUUUGGCGGCGAGGUUGAACGUGUAGUUGGUAUGGUUGAGGGAGCAGUUUUGGUUGUUGAUGCCGGGGAAGGUCCACUAGCUCAAACUAAGUUUGUUCUUGCAAAAGCCUUAAAGUAUGGGUUGCGGCCUAUUCUUCUUUUAAACAAAGUAGACCGGCCUGCUGUUACUGAGGAGAUAUGCAAUGAGGUUGAGAGUCUGGUGUUUGAUCUAUUUGCGAACCUGGGCGCUACAGAGGAGCAACUUGACUUCCCAGUUCUUUAUGCUUCUGCUAAAGAAGGAUGGGCAUCCACCACCUAUACCAAGGAUCCUCCUGCGGAGGCCAAAAAUAUGUCACAGUUGCUUGAUGCCAUCGUAACACAUGUUCCUCCACCAAAUGCAAACAUUAAUGCACCUUUCCAAAUGCUGGUUUCGAUGAUGGAGAAGGACCUUUAUCUUGGGCGGAUUUUAACUGGACGUGUGUAUUCUGGGGUUGUUCGUGUUGGUGACAGGGUUCACGGACUACGUAACAAAGAUUCUGGUGCUGAAAAGUUUGAAGAAGGAAAGGUGGUGAAACUGAUGAAAAAGAAGGGUACAAUCAUGGUUGUAACUGAUUGUGCUGGAGCUGGUGACAUAAUUUCAAUUGCUGGUUUGGCAAGUCCAUCUAUCGGACAUACAGUCACUACUGUGGAGAUUAUGUCUGCAUUGCCCACGGUUGAAUUGGAUCCACCAACAAUUUCUAUGACCUUUGGUGUAAACGACUCCCCAUUAGCUGGUCAUGAUGGUACUCAUUUGACUGGGGGAAAAAUUGGUGAUCGACUAACGGCUGAAGCUGAAACCAACCUUGCCAUAAAUGUGCUUCCAUGCUUGUCAGAAAUGUUUGAAGUUCAAGGAAGAGGAGAACUGCAGCUGGGUAUUUUGAUUGAGAAUAUGAGGCGCGAGGGAUUUGAACUAUCUGUCUCUCCACCUAAAGUCAUGUAUAAAACCGAAAAAGGUCAGAAACUUGAGCCAAUAGAAGAAGUUACAAUUGAGGUAAAUGAUGGGCACGUUGGCUUUGUAAUGGAGACUUUGUCUCAUAGACGAGCUGAGGUUACCGACAUGGGUCCUGUCGCCGGAGCUAUUGGUCGAACUAAAUUGUCCUUGACUUGUCCAUCAAGGGGCUUGGUUGGUUACAGGAGUGUGUUCAGCAGUGAGACAAGUGGAACUGGGUUCAUGCACCGUGCUUUCCUCACAUAUGAAAAAUUUCGAGGCCCUCUUGGUAAUGUGAGGAAAGGAGUAUUGGUGUCAGUGGGUAAAGGUCCAAUCACAUCUCAUGCAUUAAUGAGCUUAGAAGCUCGUGGGACUUUUUUUGUAUCUCCUGGAAUUGAGACAUAUGAUGGUAUGAUUGUUGGAGAACACUCACGGGAUACAGAUCUUGAUGUUAAUCCAAUGGCGACUAAACCACUUACAAAUAUACGCGCUGCUUCCAAGGAUGAGAAUGUGAAGCUGACUCCUCCUCGCCUCAUGACACUUGAAGAAGCCAUAGGAUAUGUAGCUUCAGAUGAGCUUAUCGAGGUAUGUUCCAAUCUAGAAUUUAAAAAAUGCUGUAGAAAGUUUUAUCUGAUUUUUGCAGUGAAAAUAUGUAAGGGUGCUUCUUCCUCAACGCACCUCCAUUCUAUGUCCAGUACCCACUAAAGGUUUAUGACUUACAAAUCCCGAGUCGGUUCUUCAAAUAUCAUGUUGUCCUGUUUAUCCCCUAAUCAUUUUUGCCAUCAAAUAAUCACUCAAUGAUUUAGUGCUCUAAUCCCCCCACAAUUUGAUUUGGAAGGGAAUGAUUGUGAUGGAAAAAUGCUAUCAAUAUUAUCAUAUUAUUUUAAUUGUGACAUUUUUUUACAUGAAGGUUACUCCAAAGACCAUCCGGUUAAGGAAGAAAUACCUUGAUGCUAAGAAGCGUAAAACCAUGAGUAAAAAAAAGGCAAAGGAACACGAGGAGUUUUUCCUCGAUUAAGUUUUUUAACAUUGAUUUAUUCACCCUAUAGUAUAGUACGAGCUAAAGUUUUCAUCUUCAGGUUCUAACUUAAAUUUAAGUACUUCUAACUUAAAUUCAAGCACUACUGUAAUACAGCAGCCCAGAAAGAAAUAUUCUUUGAUAGUGAUAAUAAAGCAACUCAAUUUUGUAUUCGAAGAAAUGAUUAAUGAUUACCUAUUGCCGGUAAUAAUCGCUGGUUAUCAAAGAAGUUAUUUGAUCCCCUCCUUUUGGCGAAUCAAAUGUUACUGCGAUGGAGCUUUCAUUCUGGACAUUGAGCAGGCCGGUGGGGGCAGUAUCUUUAGAAAUCAUAAAGGUGAUUUUCUUUUGGCAUUUGCGGAGAAUUUUUGUGGUGUUUCUUCUCUUCAUGCUGAAUUUGGAGCUGUGAUCAAGGCUAAGGAGCUUAGUAUUGAUAGCGGUUGGUCUAAGCUUUGGAUCGAAACCGACUCUAGUUGAUUGUCAAAGCUUUCAUCAACAUAAGUUAGUCUUUUUAACUUUUAGAAACAAAUGGAGUUUUUGUCUCCUUAAUGAUAGUUACUCUCAUUUUAUCAUCCCUCACAUUUGUAUGGAAGGUAACACUUGUUCUGAUUUUUUGACGAAUUUCGUGCUCAGCACCAGUGCUACUGUCAUUUUUUAUUUUAUUCUUUUGAGAAUUCGGAAUAAUUUUGUAAAGAAUAGGUUAAGAAUACAUUUUUUUUA